UCUUCCAAAACACUUGAACACGCACCGCCUGACUACUGCUGGAGGACGAGUCCAUGAAAGAGAGGGCACUGGGGGGAGGAGCGUAGCACAGCGCAUCAUUGUCGUAUCCAACUACCUUGUCAUUUACAUGUUGAAUGAGGGAGUCAUGGCUGAACACACCCCUCCAUUGGAGUCCGGCCAGUUACUUAGCACAGAUCUGCCACUCCUCACACCACCACCGCCUCCACCUCCACCCACCAUGGUCAACGGAGAUGGGGCCCAACAAGUAAUCCUGGUGCAAGUAAACCCGGGUGAGGCCUUCACAAUUCAAAGAGAGGAUGGUCAGUUUCAGUGUAUCACAGGUCCUGCUCAGGUUCCCAUGAUGUCCCCAAAUGGUUCAGUGCCUCCAAUCUAUGUGCCUCCUGGAUACGUUCAACAAAUCAUUGAGGAGAAUGGAGUGAGGCGGGUGCUGGUGCUGCCUCAGGCGGAGUUUCACCCUGGGGGCCACUCUCCGCUGCACCACCCACCCCCUCCACCCACCCACCCCCACCUGCAGGCCUUCAUCCCGCAUCCACAUCCCAUCUUGCCUCAUCCUCCUCCUCACCUGUACUCAGGCAUGGCCGGCGGAACUGGAGACUUGAAUGCCCAGUACAUCUCCCAGUACCACCCAGCCCACAUCUACCCAGACCAGGUUUCUCCAGACACUCACCCGGCACAUGGACGCACAGCAUUCCACCGGGAUGAAAGGGCUAACAAAGCGCAUGAGCGGUUGCAGAAGAAGUUGAAAGAGCGUCAGGGUGGUCAGUCAGGAGGGGGAGGUCAGGCUCCUACCAAAGACAGUCCUCCUCUCUCUCCACAGAAGAACCGUGGAACCCCACCAGCAGCUGGAGGAGACCUCCAGAACGGCCUCCUUAAAGGGGUGGAGGAGCAAAGCCAGGCUGCUACACUCACCGGCCUGGGAAAGGAAUGUCCAGGAAGAGUGAGGGACACAGAGUCUGCAGAAUCGAAUGAAAAGAUGCAAGCUCUUCGAGAAUGGUUAAACAAUAUCAGCAAGCCUGUGGUGGCAGAUAUCCAGGCGAGAGGAGCGUGUCUCUGCUGGCCAGCUCCAGUAAGGACGACUGCAAACGAGGAGCAGAAAGAACCAGAGGAGAAACCCGAGGAUCUUAGUAUCAGCUAUGAGGUGUCCGUCUCGUACAGUGGCAAGGAUGGCAAAUACAACACGGCAUACAGUGGUAAAGAGCUUAGUGCAACCAUAGAGAACCUAAGACCAGCAACAGACUACCAUGUCAGGGUCCAGGCUGUAUAUAACUGUUUACAAGGAAACCCUUCUGAGCCUGCAAGUUUUACAACUCUGAGCUGUGAACCCGACACACCCAUCCCACCUCGCAAAGCCAGCGGCACCAAAAACUCUCUCGUCCUGCAGUGGAAGGCUCCAUGUGACAACGGUUCCAAAAUUCAAAACUACAUUCUACAGUGGGAUGAGGGUAAAGGUACGGGACUGUUUGAGCAAUGCUACUAUGGCCCUCAGAAGCAGUACAGGGUGACCAAGCUCUCGCCAGCAUCCAAAUACUCAUUCCGCCUAGCAGCCAAAAACGACAUGGGUGUCAGUGAGUUCAGUGAACCUGUUGACAUGUUGACCUCGUGCAGCGUCCCUGCACCUCCAAAGAGCCCGGAGCUGCUCCAGGCUGGGGUCACUUGGCUCCGCCUGCAGUGGAACAGGCCAGACAGCUCACCAAAAGAAGACGAUAUCGGUUACGUACUGGAAAUGGAAGAAGAGGGCUCGGGUUAUGGGUUCCAGCCCAGCUAUGAUGGUGAUGAGCUGUUAUGCACAGUGAGGAAUCUGCACCGGAGCACCAAGUACAAAUUCAGGGUUGCUGCAUAUAAUACAGAAGGUAAAAGUAACCCAAGUCCUGUGUCAGAGUUCACCACAGCCCCCGACAGACCCAGCUGCCCCUGCAAACCCUCUGUUAAGGGCAAACAUCAUCCCACCAGCUUGCGCAUGACCUGGGAUCCCCCCAAAGAGACUGGUGGCUCAGAUGUGACGGAGUAUGUGGUAGAGCUGUCUGAAGGACUGAGUAGCUCCUCUUGGGAGGAAGUGUACAGGGGUUCAGCUGUGGAAUGUGUGUGUGAUGGGCUGAAGCCAGGCGGGACAUACCAAGCUAGAGUCUGCUGCUACAGCAAAGGAGGACAAAGCCCAUUUUCGGAGACCCUGCAGGUCCAGACUCCGCCUGUUCCUCCUGGCCCCUGUCAGCCUCCCAGGGUGAUUGGCAAGCCAAAAGCCAGAGAGGUGCAACUUCGCUGGGCUCCUCCUCAGGUAGAUGGUGGGAGUGCGGUGUGUGCUUACAGUUUGGAGAUGUCACCCCCCCAGGCUGAGGAGGCCAGAGAGGUGCAUCAGGGCCAUGAGCUUGAAUGCACUGUGCACAGCCUGCUGCCUGGAAGAACAUACAGCUUCCGUCUGAGAGCAGCCAACAAAGCUGGGUAUGGGCCUUUCUCUGAGUGUACCGAGGUGACUACAGGACCAGGAGCACCUGAGCCUUGUCGACCUCCUCAUAUCAUCUGCAAGUCUCCUUCUUGUGCUGUGGUCAGCUGGGAAGCUCCCUUCUGUAACGGUGCAGCAGUAACUGAGUUUCGGUUGGAGUGGGGGGCAGCCGAGGGGAGCAUGCAGGUGAUAUACAGCGGCUCUGCAACGAGCUAUGAGCUGAAGGGCUUGCUGCCUGCCACCAACUAUUUCUGCAGAGUGCAGGCGUUGAAUGUGGCUGGCGUGGGGCCGUUUAGCGAAGUGAUACUGUGUCAGACGCCCUGCUCUGUGCCUGCUACGGUCAGUGUUGUUCAUGCUCUCCGCGAGAGCGAGAUGAGGGUGGAAACGAAGGUCUCUGAUGGAGAGGAGGAAGAAGAGGAGGAGGAGGAAGAGGAGGAUGGAGAACGACCCUCCCCUUCACUCUACUCCCCUUCUACUUGCCUGGGGCUGCGCUGGGAGGCACCGUGUGACCACGGAGCAGAGAUUACGUCUUACCUGAUUGAUAUCGGAGAAAGACAGCCUAUUUCCACUGGCCCUGUAACCAAGUACAUUAUACAGAACCUGCAACCUGACACAACAUACAGGAUAAGGAUCCAGGCUCUAAACAGCCUCGGUGCUGGUCCCUUUAGCCACACUUUUAAGCUGAAGACAAAACCGCUGCCUCCUCUGCCUCCACGGCUGGAGUGCACUGCAUUCAGCCACCAGACGCUCAGGCUGAAGUGGGGUGAUGGUCCAACCAAGAAUUCCCCCACAGACUCACUGCAGUACCAGCUUCAAAUGGAGGACAAAAAUGGCAGGUUUAUAUCCUUGUAUAAAGGACCUUGCCACACUCACAAAGUGCAGAGGCUAAAUGAGUCUACCUCUUAUUCAUUUCGCAUCCAAGCCUUUAACGAGGCGGGCGAAGGGCCCUUCUCUUCUGUGUACACCUUCACCACCCCUCGCUCACCCCCAGCUCCACUCAAAGCACCACGUGUGGAACGACUGGACGAGUCCUGUGAGAUUAGCUGGGAAUCCUUGCCACCUAUGAAGGGAGAUCCAAUCAUAUAUUGCCUGCAGUGCAUGCAGGGGAAUUCUGAUUUUAAACAGAUGUACAAGGGCUCAGACACACUAUUCCGCGUCCCCUCCCUGAGUUCGUCCUCUGAAUACCGUUUCCGCGUGUGUGCUAUCCGCCAGUGCCAGGAUGCUCCAGAGAUCAUGGGGCCGUACAGUUCCAGUGUCACUUUACUGCCUCUUCGCAUCGAAUCGCCCAGCUCAUCCAGCAGCGCGGGGCCUAAAGCUGCCGAGAGCCAGCAGCCAAGACGCAGCCUCACAGAUGAGCAGUUCUCGCUCCUCAUCAUCGCCCUGCUUGCCCUCACCUCCAUCCUCAUUGCUGUGGCCAUCCAGUACCUCGUCAUCGAGUGAUCCCCAAAGCCGCAAGGCCAACUUCUGUUGAUUUUGGUUUAGUUCUUCUGUCCAUUUAAUUUUCCAUCUGUUUCGUUCUCGGCACCAGAGCGGGUUGAGGAAACGGUGAGCAAAGGGAAAGGAUGAGAAAAGGAAGCUGAGGCCGUAGAUUUAUUCCACCGACUCUUCUUUUUGACUCUUCUCUCUGCUGUCGAACCCUUCUUUCUCUGCAGCGCUGUUAGAAAGAACAGUAUUCCUCUCCUGUUAGCUGGGAGGUGGUUACUGAAGGAUUAGGAACGAAGCUUACCGCUCAUUGCGUACUCCUUUUUAUCAUUCAUUUAUAUGUGUAGUUGUAGUUUUUUAUUAUUUAUAUUUUUAGUUUUAACUGUAAGUUGUCCAGUAUGUGACUUUGGAUCUGUGUUCCAUAGUUGGCAUGGUGAUGGUGCAGGGUUUGCUGGUGAGCCGUUCACUGGUGCGUUGGUUAUUUGUGUGCUGGUACGCUGUUCACUGGUGCACUGGUUGCUGGUGAGCUGUUGCACUGGCUGCUGUUCAUUGGUCAGCUGUUCACCAGUGUGCUGUUCACUGGUGCACUGGUUAUUGGUGCACUGGCUGCUGUUUGUUGGUCAGCUGUUCACCAAUGCACUGGUCACUGGUGCGCUGUUAGUGGAUGGAACUCAGAGGGCCAGUGAAUAUGAAGGAGAGGAAUGACGGGAGGUAGGGGGCGCCAAUCUCCCACCAACACAUGGGAGUGUGUGAAGAGACCUGAAAAGCCUUGAGGUCCUGAAGGGACCGAGCUCUUGUUAGAUUAGUUUAAUGACAUCACUGAGAGAAGGGAGACUGAUACACUUGUUCACCUUAUAGAGCAUUCAUUUAGCACUUUCCUUAAAACUUUUUUUUUUUUUUUUUAUGUGCAGAGCGUGUAGGGAUGCAAAAAAGACAAGAGAAAUGGUAGUAUAUUUUUGUAUAGCAUGAUGCAAGGACCUGCUCAUUUGAGAAUCUGGGUUGGUAUGGGGUUAAUCAAUGACUAUGGGGGAGAAAAAAAAAGAAACCUAACACAGUCUAAAGUUAUUUUUUAUUAUCAUGUAAGUAUACUGUAGCUCGAUUUUACAUGCAGCUGCUUUGCUCUGAAAUAUUGUCUAGCACAAAAAUGUAUGCUUAUCCAGUUAUUUUUGCACCUUGGUGAAGAAAAAAAAAACCCAGUACUGACUACGUCUUGAUCUUGUGAUGCGUUUUAUGGAACACACUCUGAUUGUGCGAGCCCUUGUGUUUUUGGGUGUUGAAUUGUAGUACCAUAAAACUAGUUAUUGAAACCUUUAAUUUCAAGAGUAAUGAUUUCAGACUUGUGAUUGGAAUCAACCAUUUUUUCUGCCUAGUAUUUUCUUAAUUUCUCUUUUUUUUUUCCUGUUUUACCAAUAUUCGUUUUCUCCUUAAUACUGAAUAUAAAAGUAUUCAUAUUCACUCAUGUUAUUCAUUAUUUUUCCUCGUUUGAAUCACGUAUUUGAAGGGAUUUUUUUUGUAUUUAUGCAAAAAUCAAGGAUAAUCAUCUCCAGAGAAACUAAGAAAAAGAUUAAAGCAAAAAGCAGUUCUAAAAUGUGUUGAUUCUACCUGUACUUCCUGUGAAACAGAAUUGUUUGCCUUCUCUCUAUGUAAUCAUUGUGAUGGAUUGCCGGCGCUGCAUGAUGGCAGUGAAGACAGUCUAGCUGUGGGGUCUCAUGUUGAGUGGUUAUGGCAGUGGUGCGGUCAUGACCAUUUAAGAACUACAGGUACCUUGCAAGUCUUGGUUUAAUUACAUGAUUUGGUCUAGGUGGUUGCAGAUGUCUUCUCUUUGUCACUGAAGGAAAAAAAAAUUCCUAUUUUUGAUAGUGAUAAAACUGUAAUUGCAAAGUGUGCCAUUUUAAUAUCUCCCCCACCAUUGUAGGCUUCUACAUUUGGUCCAUGGGAGGAGACAAAAAAAAAGAGACAAAAAUAUGCACAAAAAUGAGACCAUUUUUAUGUAAUUUUAAUGGUUGCAGUUACCUCAUACACCCGUACAUUCCAAAAUGAAAAAUUUGUUAUACUAUACAUAGUAUCAGACAUAUCACUUUAAAAUGUUCGUUAUGAAUUCAGAAAUGUAUAAUCAUAAAUAUGUAUCUAAAGUGUAUCUGUAAAGUCAUGAUAUCUACAGAAAGAACCAUGCACAAUAAAGUUUAUAAUUCUUAA